AAGAAAAACUAAAAAUCCCUUAUAUUAUAAGACGGAGAGAGUAUAUGAUGGGUCAAUUGUCAAAUUUUCGGAUAAAAUUGGAGGUUAGUUGAGAAUUAUUUUUGUUUUUUAUUUUCAAAAAAUAGAGAGAGAUAGGGAGAUAAACUCAAUCCCCUCGGCGUCGACUCCCCGCGACUCGCGACUUGGCCCGCCGCCGAUCUCCAUCCCGCGGCCAGAUCAGGGAGCGCCGCCGUCCCGCUGCUCCCAUCCGAUCUCCAUCCCAUCCCAUCCCGAUCGUUGAUUUCAGGUGGGAAUGACGGAGCAGGAGCACCGUGCGUAUGCACGCGUCGGGCUCCUCGGCAAUCCGAGCGACAUGUAUGGCGGCAAGACGCUCUCCUUCACCAUUUCCAACUUCUGGGCCACUGUCCAUCUAGCUCCAUCCGACGAUGGUGGCCCCCUUGUGAUCCGGCCGCACCCACGACACGAUCUCGUCGAUUUUGCGUCCCUCCCACAACUUGUGACUCGCUUGCAAAAUGAAGGAUAUAAUGGGGGUGUUCGGCUGCUCAUGGCCAUCUGUAAAGUUUUCUAUAGCCACUGUAUCCAACAUGGUAUCGCACUAAAGGAGCAAAAUUUCACCUUAUCAUAUGAUACUAAUAUUCCUCGGCAGGCUGGGCUUUCUGGUUCAAGCGCUAUUAUUUGUGCCGCUCUAAGCUGCCUUCUUGAUUUUUACAACGUCAGACAUUUAAUAAAAGUCGAAAUCAGACCUAAUAUUAUUCUUGAUGCCGAGAAAGAGCUUGGAAUUGUUGCUGGUCUUCAGGAUCGGGUGGCACAGGUUUAUGGUGGGCUAGUCUAUAUGGAUUUUGGCAAGGAGCAUAUGGACACAUUGGGUCAUGGCGUGUACACACCUUUGGAUAUCAAUCUUCUCCCUCCUCUACAUCUGAUCUAUGCAGAUAAUCCGAGUGAUUCUGGCAAGGUCCACAGCACCGUUAGACAAAGAUGGCUUGAUGGAGAGGAGUUUAUAAUAUCAUCUAUGGAAGAAGUAGCGCGGCUGGCCCUUGAUGGCCGCAAGGCUCUGUUGGACAAGAAUUAUAGGGAGCUCGCGAGGCUUAUGAACAGGAACUUCGACCUGCGGAGGCAAAUGUUUGGAGACGAUGUGAUUGGUACGGUGAACAUAAAGAUGGUGGAGGCUGCGAGGAGCGUGGGCGCGGCCGCCAAGUUCACCGGCAGCGGGGGCGCGGUGGUGGCCCUGUGCCCGGACGGCGAAGCGCAGGUGCUGCUCCUGGAGAAGGCGUGCCGGGAUGCUGGCUUUCUUGUGCAGCGAAUCCAAGUCGCGCCAUCACCGCUACCGCUCACGGAGGGUAAUCCUCCUUUCUAAUCUGUUCUCGACUUCUUGUUUACUCCCUCCUUCCCUAAAUGUUUGACGCUGUUGACUUUUUUAAACAUUUUUGACCAUUCGUCUUAUUCAAAAUUUUUUAUAAAAUGUGUAAAACUAUAUGUAUAUAUAAAAGUAUAUUUAACAAUAAAUCAAAUGAUAGAAAAAGAAUUAAUAAUUACUUAAAUUUUUCAAAUAAGACGAACGGUCAAACAUUUUAAAAAAGGUCAACGGUGUCAAACAUUUUGGGAUGGAGGGAGUAUUUCUCAGCUCUUUUGUUAUCAUUCAUACAUUAUACAUACUCUCUUGCUUUGAAUCCUCCAUGAAGGCACAGAACUUAAUAUCCUCUUGUCGAGCCUCUUUUUUCUCCCCAAAUCCUGAUGACAAUAAGUCAUCAUCUUGCUUUCAAUUAAGUGACUGAGUUUGUUUUAUUUACGACUCCUGAAGGAGAUAAGAGCACACUAGUUCAGUUUCAUACACGAGAAUGUAAUAUUACUACUGUUCACCAUCGAUUAAUUUUGGAAAGCCAAUUCAAAUUUGAAUGC